AUAUUUACAUAUACUACACGUUUCUAAAUCCACAUGUAUAAAUCAGCAGUAGUGUUUAACUGCGGAGAUCAGAAUAGUGCACAAAACACGCACACAAAUAAAUAUAAAUAGUGCAACAUUUGAUGAGAUUAUAUCAUAAAAAAACUGAUGAAAUUAAACUUGUAAACAACUGAUAUCUACAUCCAGAGAGUGUUUUUGCCGGAACACUUGGAUGUAUUAUCUAGAGGUAGGAUCACUGUGAUUAGAAUCCUUCCUGAAGUUGAAAAAUUUCUCAUCCGAACAAGAAAAGAAUGUUGUACUCAAUUUUAUCAGCGUUCAAUGUACAGACAGUUCUUAUUGGAUUACUAGUUGUACUUGUUGUUUACAAACUCAGACAAAGAUGGAAGUAUAAUCUUCCUCCAGGACCAUUUUGCUGGCCUCUGAUUGGAAGUUAUGAAGUUAUCCAAGCCAAAUUUCUACAUGAAAUAUUUGUAAAAUAUGCGAAGAAAUAUGGACCAGUGUUCACUGUUAGUCUAGGACCUUAUCAGAUGGUUGUUUUAAACGAUAUAAAUAGUGUCACAGAAGCAUUAGUCAAAAGCAAAGCUGAUUUUGCCAAUAGACCAUUAAUUCAUUCAGUUCACAUGUUCACGGAGGAAAGUAAAGAUAUUGCUUUUGCUAAUUAUACACCAACAUGGAAACUGCACAGAAAAAUUGCUGGAAAGGCAUUAAGGCAAUAUUUGGCAGGAAAUCGUUUAGAGGACGUUCUGCAUGCUUCAAUGAAGAAAUGUUUACCUUUAAUGGCUAAAGAAAAUGGAGCAUUUAAUCCAGAAAAGUACAUUGAUUUAAUGGUGUUUAAUAUCCUUACUGCUGUAUGUUUUGGCGAAAGUGUUGAAUUAGAUAAUCCAGAGUUUAUUAGAUUUAUGAAACUUAGCAAGGAAGCAAAUGAAAUGAUAGGAAAAGGUUUUGUUGAAGAUAUGUUCCCCAUCAUGUAUAAGGUAUGGACAACAAAUAAAUACAGAACAGUUGCCAAAACGAUGAAUGAACUCAUCUCUAUUAUCAAAAGAAAAUUCGAGGAACAUGAAGAAACAUUUAAUAUUGACAAAAUAAGAGAUUUUACUGAUUCUUUGAUACUGGCAAAAAAAGAAGCGGAGUAUGAAGAGAACGCGGAAAUGUUGUCCCAGUUAUCCGAAACACAUCUUAGACAAACUGUAUUCGAUAUUUUUAGCGCUGGUAUCGACACUUCAAGAGUAACGUUAGGUUUUGCUGUACGUUAUAUGGCCGGUUUACCAGAGAUUCAGAGUAAAGUUCAGGAAGAAAUAGACAGAGUUGUUGGAAAAGAUAGAUUACCGACGGUCAAAGACAGAGAAAAUCUCAGCUAUACAGAAGCCACCUUACAUGAAGUCAUGAGGCUUGGUACCGCUGUUCCCGUAGGUAUACCUCAUAGUACAAUUUGUGACACACGAGUUGGAGGUUAUGAUGUUCCAAAGGAUACAAUGGUAAUGAUCAAUCACUGGGCACUUCACCAUGAUCCCAGAUAUUGGAAAGACGAGGAGAAAUUUGAUCCGACACGUUACCUCGACGAAAAUGGAAAACUUGGUAUGAAACCAGAAAGCUGGUUACCAUUCUCUGCAGGCAGACGUGUGUGUCUAGGCGAAACUGUUGCUAAACCAGAACUUCUUUUGAUUUUUGCAACGAUAAUGCAAAGGUUCAAGAUAACCCUGCCUGAAGGAACAAACCCCAAAGUAGAAUUAUGUGGAUCUGGUGGUAUUACAAUACCUGCUCCUUAUAAAAUCAUUAUUAAAGAAAGAAAUAUCAUAUGAAUUUUUUCUUGACAUUGUAUAAUAUUUUCUAGCUAAACCUUUUCUUUACACAUUUAGCUGUUUGUUAGAAAAAAAAAACAGACAACCUGCCAGUUUUUUUUAAUAAAUACAAAGAAAUUAUAUUCAUUUUUUUCAUACUUUGAAUGUGUUGUUGUUUACGUGCAGCUAUGAAGUUUCUUUAACUACAGAUCGAUAUCAUGAUAACUGAAAACCUGCUAUCAAAGGCAUGCGUUAUUUAUAUAUAUUUUGACUGCCAAAAGAAACGCAACACGUACAGGUAUUUUUCAUUUAAUAAAUAAAAAAACCAAACAAACCAGAUAUCUUCUUUAAAGCUGUCCAAUCGAUGCAAGUUGUUUUAUCAGAAAAUGUUUUCUAGUGUUACCACAUGCACUGCACAUAAUGUUGUCAUUGUUUUUAUUGUAAAUACUUAUUGUCUCCGUAAUUGUGUAAUUAGUUUAUUAGAAUAUGAUUUCGAUCAUUCAUCCUCA